AUGAAGCGCACAGCAUUUGUUUUAAUAAUCGGGCUAUCGGCUGUACUCUCAGCUGAUCCUAUUAUUAGGAAACUAGACCCUUUACGUUUCCAACAUGAAAGGGAUGCCAGUGGAAAAUAUCAUUUAGUGGACUUGUGGAUGAAGCUGAGCGAUUUAUUGCUUACUGUUAGAUAUAAUCCGGCUAUAUCAAAUGUAUAUCAUUUAUUCACAAGACAAAACCCCUCAUUAAGUCAGCCGCUGCUUUUUAAUAAUUCUGACCUUCUCCAGUCAUCAAACUUCAAUAGCAACAGAAGAACUGCCCUUCUCAUUCACGGAUGGCGAGAUAAUGCCGUUGCUGAUUUUAAUACAGUCCUUGUUCCUGCCCUUCUAUCAGCUGAAGACCUAAAUGUGAUUGUGGUAGACUGGAGCGCCGGUUCUAAUACCAUUAAUCUGGCUGUUCAAAUCGAAAAUGCCAUCGCCUCCGGUCGGGCUGUUGCAAAUUUUAUUAACUGGCUCAACAGAUCCACUGGUUCCACGCCGUCACAGUUCCAUAUUAUAGGCCAUGGAAUUGGUGGUCAUCAGGCUGGUUUAGUGGGAAGAAAUGUGGAAGGAGAUGUUGGUUAUAUAACUGCAUUGGACCCAUCAUUAGUUGGAUGGAUUAAUCAUAACUAUCGGUUCCACCCUGAUGACGGUGAAUACACAGAAGUAAUCCACACGAACUGCGGUGUCAACGGAUACCUUGCAGAUUUAGGCCAAGUAGACUUCUAUCCCAAUGGAGGGGAAUCGAUGCCUGGUUGUGCUAGCCAUGCGUGUGAUCAUGCAAGAAGUUACUUCUACUUUGCGGAAUCAAUAGCUUCUGGAGGUUUCACCGGUAGAGAGUGCUCGUCAUACUUCGCUGCUAUUUUACACACGUGCAAUUUACUACCCGGGAGAUUGCGAAUGGGGGGAUUGACGCCUAAGAAUGGCCAAACUGGUGUGUAUUUGCUCGAAACGAACGCCGCUCCGCCAUUUUCACGUGGUUGA